CACACAUCAGACAUCAAACUUUUGACAGCAACAAUAUUAUUAAGUGUAACGACAUUGUGUACAUAUUUAGUAAUAUUUUGUUUUGUUAAAAAUUUGAGUUCAUAUCUUUUGCAAAAUGGUCGAUGAAAAUAUAACAGUGAGUGAUAAUUCAGACCUUGACGAAGGCGGUACUGCCGAACUUCGUGGUUACUUAAGUAAAUGGACGAAUUAUAUACAUGGUUGGCAAGAUCGGUUCAUUGUUUUAAAGGAUUCCACUUUAUCAUACUAUAAAAGCGAAUUGGAGAGUAAUCUUGGGUGUCGAGGUGCAUUAUGCUUGAAAAAAGCCAAAGUAAAGCCACACGAAUUUGAUGAUUGCCGAUUUGAUGUAUCAGUAAAUGAUUGUGUAUGGUAUUUAAGAGCAUCAAACCCUGAAGAAAAACAGCAAUGGAUUGACAUAUUGGAAUCAUUCAAAGUGGAGUCAGGUUAUGGCACAAGUUCAGACAGCAGUUCUAAUGGUGGAGGUCUAAGGAGACACGGCUCUGUUACAUCUCUGCAAUCAACUGGUUCACAUGGUCGUACGUCACGGCGUCUGACAGAGAAGAUAGCCGAGUUGGAGACAUACAGUGAGUUGUUGUCGAAGCAAUCUGUGCAGUUGCAGCAGUACUUUGACAAGUGUGUCGCGUCUUCUCCUCAGAUCAAUGAUGAGAUUGUUGAAGCUAUUGAUGCUGUUAAACUUGUCGAUGGGGGCGUGGACAUGCGCACGUAUACGGGCGAAGUGCGUGCAACGGGCGCGUCGUUCCGCGCGACUUGCGGCGCCACGCUCGCAACGUUACAGCACUGCGUUGACUUACUACGUCGCAGAGAGAAACAGGCGCGUCAAGCUGAGGAGCUGUAUAUGGCUUUAAAGAAUCAAUUGACUGAAGCAAGAUUGGCGUCGAAACCUGGUCCUGAUCAUGAGGAGGGGCCGCACUCAACGCUGCCCGACGACGAGUUCUACGAUGCUGUGGAGACCGGCUUUGACAAGAUGGAGGAGGAGAGGUGUGCACGUGUGGUGCCCCCCGCGGAGCGCACGCGCGACCAGGUUGAGCUGCCGCCUCCCGCGCUCGACAACCGCCUUACCGUGCACUCACUAUGGCCAGAGAUAAACAGAAUAUCAAGUGAGCAAAUACAGGCAGCGUUCGAGGAAGUCGGAGGAGGUAUCGGCUGGCAGUUGUUUGCGGAGGAGGGCGAUAUGAGAAUGUAUAGGAGGGAGAUGGAAGUGGACGGAAUGGUGAUGGACCCUCUGAAGGCGAUGCACAAAGUGCGCGGUGUGUCUGCGCGAGAGAUGUGCCACUACUUCUUCAACCCGCGAUACCGCUACGAAUGGGAGACGACACUGGAGACGAUGACGAUAGUAGAGGAGAUAUCGUCGGACGCGCUGGUGUUCCACCAGACGUUCAAACGCAUCUGGCCGGCGUCGCAGCGGGACGCGCUCUUCUGGUCGCACGUGCGCGCUUCAGACGACAACACCUACGCCGUCACCAACCACUCCACAUCUAACACUGAUUACCCUCCCAACACUGGAGCGUGCAUCCGUCUGUUCGUGACGGUGUGCCUGGCGUGCCGCAGCUCGUGGCCGGCGGGCGCCGCGCCCACACGAGACAACAUCACCACUAGUAUAGCCUACUGCAGCACAGUGAAUCCUGGCGGCUGGGCUCCCGCUGGCGUGCUCCGCGCUGUAUACAAGCGCGAGUACCCCAAGUUCCUGAAGCGGUUCACCGGCUACGUCGUCGACCAGUGCCGGGGCAAACCGCUCGCUAUCUAGCCCACGUAUCCUCACGCCGUGAUAUGCGAUUAUACCUAUAUACCUUAACAUCUUGAGAUACGAUUGUAAGUGCAAUUAUUCAAUGCGAUUGUAUGCGAUUAUGGACCCUAAUACCAUGGAAUACGGUUGUAUGCGCAACGAUCUGUCUCCAGAUACGAUUUUAAUGGCGUUUAUUGGUAAUAGAUGGCGUUGUUCUUAACAUCGUUUUUUGGAACACAAAACCAUUUCAAUAAAGUAACUAAAUUUUUUUAACAAAUCAAAGAGCAAAGCAUGACUCCCGUCUUACUUUGAGAAAGUUUUUUUUAUUGUUAUAAUCGAUAUUGCCACAAAAUAAGUCAUAAUCGCCUAACAUCUAGUGUAACUGGCAACAAAUAUUUAUUAUAAAAGCUAUAUUUAUACGGCAAUUAGACUAUCUAUGGUAGAUGUCCAUAAACACGGUGAUGGGUUUGGCGUCAACCAUAAAGACCAUAGACAAGUGAAUCUGGUCAUUAUUACCGUACCACUGAUCUUUAUAAAUGGAUAGGUAAUUGCUUUGAAAUUACAUCUUUUAUUUAGUUCCGAGUUAAACGUAUUAACAUUCCUGACAGUUACUUCGUAUCCUUACUACCGCUACCAACCGCAACCGUCAGCGUCAAAAUGGCGGAAAUCAAAUUGGCACAAAAUACAAUGACUUAUAGCCUGUCUAUUUAUAACAGAUCAGUGUUUUGUACCCACCCACCAAGAUUUUAACAGUGUAUAGUAUAGAAUAUUUUGAUCUGUAUUCGCCUAAUGUAAAUUAAAUAUAUUGGUGAAGUAAGCGGGUAAGAUUUUAUAAAGUUCACGCACGUUAAAACUUGGGUUCAUAUAUUUUGUUUUAUAUUUGUUAUUGUAUUAUAAAGAGGUAUAUUUAACUGUAUGUACCUGUAAUUUAUAUGGUUAUUAAGGGUUUUGCACAGGGGCAGAAUAUUUAAUUCAGUUAUUACAUUAAGUUAGUCGAAAAUGAAAUUAUACAAUAAACGUCUAGGGUCUUAUACCAUGUCCGUAAUAUGAAAGUAUAGACAAAUUGAGGAGCAAUGGAACAAAAAUCGCUAAAUCACAUUGUUAUUUUAUCUUGAAAAGUGAAUAUGGCCAAGUUUAUCGAGAACAGCUAAUUGGCAUCGGUCACCAGAUAGAGCAUCUGUGGCUCAGGGGUUAAGCACUUGACUUGCAAUCUGCAGGUCCUGGGUUCGAAUCCCGCCAUGUAUCAUUGUG